AUGAAGAUAACCACAGUUCCAAUGAUUCUGACCCUGGCUCUUUGCCUCAUACAAGUCCUAGGUGCUGUCGGUGGGAAUGGAAAUCAGGAAACUUGCAAUGAAUUUCGGGCAUUGAUGAAAAAUGGAAAAUUGUUAUGUUCCCAAGAUCAAACAUUUUUUCAAAGUCCUGAUCAACUAACAUUCAUCAAUAAAUGUACCUCAUGUAAAGUAAUACUAGAAAGAGAAGCAAAAGGCCAGAAAAAAGCCAGACAUUUAGCAAGAGACACUGACCCAGCAAAGUUGAAUUGUGAUGAUUUCCAGAAAGGAGAAAAAGAUAAGGAUUAUUUCUGUGCCUUUGAUAAUGCAGCUGUUUGUGGCACAAAUGGGAAAACAUACAGUAACAGAUGUGUACUCUGUGCUGAGAAUCUUAAAACCGGGUCUCAAGUUGACAUAAAAAGUGAAGGGAAAUGUGAGAGCAGUGACCCAGAACAGGAUAUGUGUAGUGCUUUUCGACCAUACGUAAAAAAUGGAAUACUAGGAUGCACAAGGGAGCAUGAUCCAGUUCUUGGUCCUGAUGGGAGAACCCAUGGAAAUAAGUGUGCAAUGUGUGCUGAGUUAUUUUUAAAAGAAGCUAAAGAAAACAACAAGAAAGAAAAUGAAACCAGAAGUCAGAGAAAUGUUGAAAAGGCUCUUUGCAAAGAAUAUGAAAAUCAGGUGAGAAAUGGAAAACUGUUCUGUACACGGGAGAGUGAACCAAUCCGUGGCCCUGAUGGCAGGAUGCAUGGCAACAAAUGUGCCCUGUGUGCUGAAGUUUUUUUUACAUUCAAGGACCUCUGUGCUGACUAUGAGAAUCAUGAACAUUGUACGAAAGAAAGAGACCCUGUGCGUGGUCCAGAUGGGAGAUUGUUUGGCAACUUGUGUUAUAUGUGUCGAGAUUUCUUUCUACAAGAAAGAAAAAGAUCAAUUGCUAAAAGAAAAGCAGCAGAGGAACUUUGCAGUGAAUUUCGCAGCCACGUACGAAAUGGAACACUCAUGUGCACAAGGGAGAAUGACCCUGUUCUUGGUCCAGAUGGCAUAAAGCAUGGAAAUAAGUGUGCCAUGUGUGCAAGUGUAUUCAAACUUGAAGAAAAGAAUAAAAACAAUGGCAAGGAAGAAAGGGAGAAAGUUGAGGCUGAUAAAAUUAAGAGAGAAGUACAGGAGUUGUGCAGUAAAUACCGCGAUUAUGUCAGGAAUGGUCAACUUGCCUGUACCCGAGAGAGUGAUCUAAUUGAAGGUCCAGAUGGGAAAACUCAUGACAAUACCUGCUCCAUGUGUGCGGCCUUCUUUCAGCAAGAAGCAAAGGGGAAAAAAGAAGCUGAAUCCAGAGCAAAAACUAAAAGAGAAAGUGAAAAGGAUGCAUGUAGUGAAUUUCGGGGCCUUUUGCAAAAUGGAGAUCUUUUCUGCACAAGAGAAAAUGAUCCUGUGCGUGGUCCUGAUGGCCACACCCAUGGAAACAAAUGUGCCAUGUGCAAAGAAGUCUUCAGGAAAGAAGGUGAAGAAAAAAAGAGAAAAGAAGAGGAAGAUAAGAGAAUUGCUGCAGGGCACAGUUCCAAUGGUGGUGGAGGAGGGAAGGCAAAGGACCCAUGUGCUGAAUAUCGUGAAAGAGUGAAAAAUGGGCAAAUUAGUUGUACUCGGGAGAGCGACCCUGUACGUGAUGCUGAUGGCAAAUCAUAUGACAAUAAAUGUGCCAUGUGUAAAGAAAUACUACAAAGAGAAGCAAAAGAAAAAGAUAAACAUUCUGGCAACAGGUCAAAUGGAACUGAAUCAGCAUCAGGAAAGGAUGAAUGUGAUGAAUUUAGAGGCCAAAUGAAAAAUGGACAACUUAUCUGUACUCGAGAAAGUGAACCUGUACGGGGACCAAAUGGCAAGACACAUGGCAAUAAAUGUGCCAUGUGUAAGGAAAAACUGGAAAGGGAAGCUGCUGAGAAAAAAAAGAAAGAGGAUGGCAUGAGAAAUACUGGAGAAAAGAAAAAUGAUCAGUGUCAUGAAUUCCGAAGCCUCGUGAAAGAGGGAAGACUUAUCUGCACCAGAGAAAAUAAUCCUGUUCGAGAUCCAUAUGGAAAAAUGCAUGUCAACAAAUGUGCCAUGUGUCAGAGCAUUUUUGAGAGAGAGGCUAGUGAAAGAAAACUGGAUGAAGAAAAAUCAAGCACCAAGCCAACAAAUGAUGCAAAGAAGCUUUGUAGAGAUGCUCAGAAUAAACAGGAUGGGAAGUUUAGACAGUCUGGGCCUUCACUGUCCUUCUUUGCCAGGGUUAAGUCCAGAGAUGAAUGCAAUAACUUUAAAACAUACAUGAGGAAUGAUCAACUCUUGUGCACUAAAGAAAAUCACCCAGUACGUGGUGCUGAUGGAAAAUGGUACAAAAACAGGUGCUACAUGUGCAGAAAUAUCCUGGACAAAAAUUCUCUUCAAAAGGCCAGAGAUAAACCAGCCGAUAUUAGGUCUUCAGAAGAGGAAGACGUUCUGGAACCCAGCAGGUCUUCUCUGGAUUCUGAGAUGUGCAAGCAGUAUCGAGUAUUGCCCAAGAUGGGUUACCUUUGCCCAAAGAAUUUGCAACCUGUCUGUGGUGAUGAUGGUCAGACAUACAACAAUCCCUGCAUGCUCUGCCAUGAAAAUCU